AUGGAUGAACGGGCCCAACUCCUAGAGUCGAACGUGUCCCACGCGGCUAACGUCCUGUCGCGCAAGACUCGGGACAAUGUGAAGGCCGGCAUGUCUUUCCUGGAUAUCUUUCGAAGCGGACUCAUCGCACCCAACGAGACUACUUACGGGUCGCUGUCGAUUCUACUGAACGAAGACGACCCCGACCGCAAAGACAGACUGACUGAACAGUGGCGGGAUCACAAGCUCCAAGAGCUUAACUUCAUUGGCAUUGUGGGUGCUCUCCUUGCUGGGGUUCUGACAAGCACGGGCAGCUGGCCAACUGUCCUUGCCAACGGCAACCGCCAGCCGUGGGCAGUGAGGGCAUUCUGGUUCAGCGGCGUCAUAUUUGCGCUCUUUUCGGUCCUUAUUGCCGCUCAGCAGACCCUGCGACUCCAUCGCCUCAGCGGCCAUCGUGAUGGGCUUGUGUAUAUCAGAAGCUGCAUGUCCGGACGGGUCGAUCAUAAUGGACAAGUCAAGCCUCGGCGGGCCCAAGUAUAUGCCUGGCAGGCGAGUAUCGUGCUGCUGACGGCUGCCGUCCUUUGCAUGGUCAUUGGCAUCACGAUCCUGGUCUGGAUCAGUACCAACUGGGGCCCCUACAAGAAUCCCCGGGAGCAAUGGUGGGACGAGAACGCCAAGCUCGCUGUCACCUUCACGGUCGUGCUGAUUGUAACAGUAACUAUUUUCCUGGUUGCGCAAGCUUCUCUUGCAGUUGGCUUCAGCAACUCGGAUGACCGAUGA